CAUUGUUUAUCCUGCUCAACCAAUGAGAAGAGAUAGAACCCCUCUACAUGGCUGAAAUCGUCUGGAGGUUAAAGAGACCCGACAGUCACCUACCAUCACGCACACAGGAUUGAGCCAAGAGGACAACAGGACUAGCAACGGACAUCCUCUGACCUGUCUGUGAUUUUCUUCAGCUCUUCGCCAACUUCUACAGGGAACUAUGAUGGUUGGCCAACAGAGACUUCUCCUCACCGUGGCAACCUGCCUAUUUCUCCUAGCAACCCUAUGCCCCACCUUAGAGGCACGUCGUGGUGGGAGCUUCGGACGUAGUGGCGGUGGGGGGUGGGGAGGUAGUAGACGUGGAGGUAGCGGUUACCCUCGUCAAGGUGGAGGCACGGGAUACCGACCAAUGCCAUCCUCGAGCGGACCGGCAUACCGACCAAUGCCUGCCCAGAGUGGAGGCUCCAGUGUGGGGAAGAUGGCAGGGGCUGCUGCUGCUGGUGCCGUGGGGGGAGCAAUGCUGGGCAGUGCCCUGAGUCGUCCUGGCUAUGGAGGAGGAUAUGGGGGGUAUGGAGGUGGUUAUGGGGGGGGUUAUGGAGGCUAUGGAGGAGGCUAUGGGGGCUACCCCAGAGGUGGAGGGUAUGGCCCCAGGCCUGGUGGCUAUGAGGGACCAGAGGGCUCUGGGGAUAUGGAGUACUACUAUGGAGCAUCCAGCGGGCCCAUCUAUAACAGCAUCAUCGUCAUCAUUGGGUCACUAAUGUCACUGGUGAUGGGGCACUGGAUGGGAGUGAUGUAGAGAAAACAGAAAGAGAGGGAUGGAGUUACAACUAAAGAUAGACCAAGACCAUGUGUAUAUAAAGACUCUUUGAGACCAAGACUAGACUCUGACCCCAGACCAAGACCAAGACCAUGUGUAUAUAAAGACUCUUCAGACCAAGACUAGACUCUGACCCCAGACCCAGACCAAGACCAUGUGUAUAUAAAGACUCUUUGAGACCAAGACUAGACUCUGACCCCAGACCCAGACCAAGACCAUGUGUAUAUAAAGACUCUUCAGACCAAGACUAGACUCUGACCCCAGACUCAGACCAAGACCAUGUGUAUAUAAAGACUCUUUGAGACCAAGACUAGACUCUGACCCCAGACCCAGACCAAGACCAUGUGUAUAUAAAGACUCUUUGAGACCAAGACUAGACUCUGACCCCAGACCCAGACCAAGACCAUGUGUAUAUAAAGACUCUUCAGACCAAGACUAGACUCUGACCCCAGACCCAGACCAAGACCAUGUGUAUAUAAAGACUCUUUGAGACCAAGACUAGACUCUGACCCCAGACCCAGACCAAGACCAUGUGUAUAUAAAGACUCUUGAGACCAAGACUAGACUCUGACCCCAGACCCAGACCAAGACCAUGUGUAUAUAAAGACUCUUUGAGACCAAGACUAGACUCUGACCCCAGACCCAGACCAAGACCAUGUGUAUAUAAAGACUCUUGAGACUAAGACUAGACUCUGACCCCAGACCCAGACCAAGACCUUGGGUAUUGAGUCCCAAACCAUGACUGAACACUAAUCUCACAGGUUGUGAUUCCAUCUAAUUAGAUUUGCAGGUGUAGUGGAGCAAAUACACUUCCUGUAUAGCUCCCUGAUCCAGAAACACACUGAUGCAGAUUAUUUGUCAACUAACUAUUUGCACAACAUUUGUUUUCUGAGACAUACUUAAACAACAUACAAAUAUCUAGUGUGAUAAUUGACCUUCCAGUCGAGCACUCACUACCUCAAUUACACAUGAUUUACUUUAUAUUUUCUUUACCAUGGUUGCUAUCAACACUUUAAUAUUGCCAUGCUGUGGACAUACAGUAUAAAGGUCAAUCUUUAUUUGAAAUAGUCCCGUUAAAACAGGUUGAACUUAUUUCAACACCUGGUAGAACACUGGCAGCGUUUGGAUUUGGAUUUGUAAAUUCUGUAUAUUGUACAAUUCUAUGAAUUUGAUUUUGUUUCCAUUAUUUUUCUUACUUUAUUAAAUAGGCUGUGUGUGUGGUGGAGUGUAUAAAUUCUAGUAUGAUCCAAAAAGUUUUUGUUUUGGUGUCAUUUGAUGUAUUUUUCCUGUGGGGUUAUUCCAAUAAAGACAUGAGAGACA